GUUUUGUGUUCAAUCUCAUCAUCGACAGAUCCCGUGGCCGAUCGAUGAAGAAGGUUUGGGAGCUAUUGUGGGGAAAGUGCGUUUACAUAAAAAGGGCUGAUGUUAGUGCAGCGGAAGGUGCCAUUAGAUCUACGGCGAGUUUGUUAACAAACAAGAUAAAUGCAACAGCUUUUAUUAACCCAGACUCAGCUAAUAAACUCACCUUGAAAUCUCAACACAGUUGUGGCCUUGAGCAGCAAGCGAAAAUACACAUUGAAAGAGUUACAAAAAAUACCAUGAACGAUCUUAGCAUGUCGGAGUACUUUUAUCGCUUUUAGAACCGAAGGCUCAAGUUUCUGUCAUCUUUCCAGGUCUCACAGUUGUCCUGGCCGUCUUCAUUGGUUGAUAGGUUCGGCUUCAUAUUGCUUGAAGCUUUCGUAUCUAGGUAAAUCGGAUUCAAAUCUAGUACAUAAACUCAUAACAGAUUUUUCAAUGAUCAUCAGCCGUCGUUAUCAUGAAAAAAGAACAAAACUUCAUAAAUCGUCAUUUCGUUGUGCCUUUGACGUCUCUCUCGGCAAUGAUACCGUCCGGCGAUGCUGUUUCAGACUCCGGCUCUAUUGCUCCGCCCUCAAUAUCACGGCCGUCGUGAUUCGGAUCUCUCAACUGCAUAAUAGCAGCUUGUCGAAUCAUGAAACCCUCAUCUCUGGCUCUUGGCUCCGGUUCGUCGCAUUUCUCGUCAGUUUCAUUAUCAUCUUCAAUAACUUCAUCUGCGGAUGUCCCCACUCGACCAUUUAUAACGUUGUCGAUACGUAGCCUAGGUGGACCCGAGUUGAGUCUCAUACCGUUCUUAGGAGGUCCAGCUGCAUAUGCAGUCAGCAAAAUAGCAACUCGAACAUAUUUGUCGCAUGCUUACAAAGCAACAGAUCGAACAGCUUGACAAUAACUGGUCCCCAGACGGUAACAGCGAUGAUCUAUCGAAUACCAUGAGAUAAAUGAACUGAUCAGGGGAUGGAAACUCACCUGGCCAUACGACCACCUGUUGGCAGCAAAACUCUCGGCAUUGAUGACUUUCGUUAGAGAGAUCAUGUACAAGAUGUUGAUGACGAGAUAUGCGACUUCAAGGAUGCGCCAGAACCACGUCUUGAUAAAAAGUCCUCUUUUCUGCUUCCCCCAGCGCGGCCACCGACCAAGACGGUACGAUCCAAUCUGAACAUGUUUAGUGAGAUGAUGCUUGCGAAGUGUCCACGCCAGCUGAUCAACUACCAAGGCAAUGAUGGCAAUGGUGUCGAGAAUAAGAAAUGUCAUCUUGUACAACAAGGGAUGCGGAAAGAAGCUGAAAGACUGUCCAUCGAUGCCUUGAGUUGCAGCGCAAUAUGUUCGUGGACUCGGAUUGAAGCCACAUGCUUCUAUCUCAUUCUGGCUCUUGAACAAAGCAAAGGCGUCUUUGAAAUAAAUCUUUUGCGAGGUCGCGACGAUGGCGAGGAGAUACUCCAUGAAGAAGCCCAAAAAAGUGUGCCAGUUGCGAAUGCCUUCAUGAUGCAGACAGACCUGGAUAAGAAACAUUGGUAGUAUGCCAUUCUGAGAAACAUGAAAUGCAAUGGCAGCGUUGACGACGAUCUCGCCCCAAAAGGUACCCUCUUGAGAGUUUACAACAAUGGCAAGAAUUGAUGCUAUCUGAACAGCAAAGACAAACCAGCACUGAGCCUCCUGAAACUCGACUAAGGUGGUUGCAAUCGCAAUGCUCGUGCGCGACAAGCCACCAGAGUCACGCCAGAUCAUACUCUCAAUUCGGGUAAGACUGCGCUUCAGGCGAUAGGGCUUAGGUUCUGACUUGCGACGGCUUGUAUCUUGUGUAAUAGUGACCCAGAGAGUGAAGCCUUUGAGUAGCAGAUACAAGGAUGCAGCGAAGCAUACUUGAAGAACAUACGAUAUGAGAACCUGAAGCCCAUGUCAGUGUCUAGAGAACCCAACAAAUGCUAUUCGGACCUACUCCUGGUCCAAAGAUAUCUGGGUUGACCUCGGCUGGUAACUCUGGACAAAACUCAUCCAGGGCCUCGAAUAUCUCCUCAGGGGUCGAGGUAUCAUAGGAGAGGCGGUCAAUUGUCCGGUUGCAAGGUUUGCUCAGACCAUCGUUAUCACAAGAGUCUUGAGCGCAAGCGAUGAGAGACCUGAGAACAGGUCGACCGUCAAACUCCGACAGAGUUCCAGAUCCCAUGAUUGCGCUAGCAUUGCGCUCAGUUUCUUGGCUGACAUAGUAAGAUUUCGCGUCCUGAGUCCAAUGCGCCGCUGCAGCCAAGGCAGCGCAAUUGUAGAACGUCUCCAACGAGCUAAAGAAAAGACUGGAAUUGUUGCAGGCACGUGUGCAGUCGGUUCUACCAUCAACUUGGCACCCCGAAGUGAACAGAGUUAUUUCCUGGUUCCCAUCGAGACUCGUGGCGAAAAGCUCUUUGAAAGUGAGUCCCGAGUCAACAUCAUCAGAGCCAGAGCCGAGACCGGCGAUGUCAAGAAACGGGAAGAAAUCCGACGUUCCUUCGAUGGAAUCGCGAAUGAGAAUAGUAAGAGGUGUACUCGGGGCUGUAGAUGAUGGCACAGACGACGUGAGAGUUGCAGAGGUCGACAACGAUUGCAGAAUGGAUGCUGAUGCCAUCGCAGAGAUGUCUCUUGGUGAGACGUAGUGUAUCCUCCACGGGCUCUAUUAAGAACGUCCCUCCAUGGUCUUUGUUUGAUCUGAAGGCUAUACUACCCGAUGUGCCAAAGAGUAGGAAAGGAAGAAAGAGAAGAUCAACAGAAGUCGGAGGAGGCUGAAGAUCCAAUCCAAUGGAUCCUGUUCGUCGCUGACUGGGAUCUGGUCUCGCUACUGUAAUUAGUCUAUGUGCCGCUGUCUUGGCGCGUUUCCUCAGAAUAGAAGUUUAGAGAAGCUUGUUUGGUGGCGGAGAUGGAUUUUGUUUUCCAGGCUUUAAGGUUAGAACAGAGUAACAGCUUCUUGGUACGUCGUAUUGUCGAUCGUCAUCAUAUAAUUGUAUGUGGAACUCGGACCAACUCAUCAUCUCCACCAAACGUGCUUCGUUGAUAGUGACAACCCUAUAUCCUACUCAUUAGGGUUACAUACAAGAAUAUGAUCAAAGGCUUCAACGGGCAAGGAUGUAUAUAACCGUGUGAAGUUAGAUUAACCAUAAAUCUACGGAUGCUUCUCUUAAAAUCCCGUCCUUGUCUUAUCGGUUAUCGGCUUAACAUUUAUGAACCGACACCAACCGAUGCACAUCAUUCCUCGGCUCGCAAUGCCAUGUCUCAGAUACCUUAAGAUGAUAUACAAAGCUCAGCUCCCCAUCAUCAAUAACGACCCAGCAAUUACCAAUUGAUCUACUCAAAAUGGCACCUCGUCUCUCCCAACCGGUAGUGACCCUUCGUCUUCUCAGACGUCACUACUCCUCUACCACCGAACCUCUCAUCCGCGUAACGAACCUCCCCGCACCAAACACCGGCCAUAUUCGCAUUCUUGAGCUUAACCGCCCGUCUGCGCGAAAUGCCAUUUCAAGGGCUCUUCUAGCGAAUCUUCGCGCCGAGAUCGAUGCUUUACAUAGUCAAUAUGGGCCCAAUGGCGAAGAACUGCCACUGCAGAAGCGUUUUGGUGGUGCAGCUGGCGCAGAUGAGAAGGGUCCUACGAGAGCUGUUGUGCUGGCUAGUGCUGUUGAUACAUCGUUUUGCGCUGGCGCGGACCUCAAGGAGCGUAAGGGAAUGAGCCAGGGAGAAACUGCUGAAUUUCUCACAAAUCUUCGCAACACCCUCACAUCUCUAUCCAGCCUUCCCAUCCCUACCAUCUCGGCCAUCUCCUCAGUCGCACUCGGCGGCGGACUUGAGCUCGCCCUCUCUACACACUUUCGCGUUCUGAGUUCCAAUGCAACGGUCGGUCUUCCUGAGACCCGUCUAGGCAUCAUCCCCGGCGCCGGCGGCACCCACCGUCUUCCCGCUCUCAUCGGCCUCUCCCGCGCCCGCGAUCUGAUCCUGACCGGCCGUCGCGUUGGCGCUCCUGAGGCAUACUUUCUAGGUAUUGCCGACCGGCUCGUUGAGGUCGUACCCGAGGACGAGCGUGAUGGCUCAGAUGUCCUUGGCGAGGCCAGAAAAGCAGCGUUGAGUGAAGCUGUGAGAUUGGCGCAGGAGAUUUGCGAAGGAGGGCCAAUCGGUGUGAGGGCUGCUCUUCAGGCUGUAGCAUGGGCAAGGGAAGAGGUUGAGAACAAGAUGUAUGAGCGAGUCGUCAAUACCGAGGAUAGAAACGAAGCCCUCAAGGCGUUCCAGGAGAAGAGGAAGCCUAUUUUCACUGGCCGAUAAGGUAUAUUGAAAUCCUUGAGAGUUGAUAUCAAAGCACGAGCAAUGUGGGCAGUAUGAGAUAUGAAAGGUUGACGAAUUGGCCAUUAAAACAGAUGGAGUCAGCUCCAAGUUCUCUUCGCAACUCAUGGAACAGUAUACAACGACUUAUCUGCUAUUCUUUCUGCAUCUAUCUGACUUCCGGGCAUGUCAUCACCAGGAAAUCCCACCCCAAAAACCUAUUAAUUACAUGAACUCCGUUGAAAGGUUCUUUGGUUCAAUAAUGGCCUGUCCUUCUCACACCACAGAUUACGGCUCCUUUGUCUCGUCGUCCUCGGUAGCUUUCUCACGCUUUCCCUGGAGCUUGGCUUUUUCGAUAAUGCGAUGUACUAUACCGCAGGGCCCACGGUGCCGUCUGCCGUCUGCCGUCAGCCAGAGGAUCUGUCUGAGGUUUCACCUUCAACUUAAUCCGUUUCUUGACCGCCUUGAUAGCUCGAUCGGGGGUCCCUAGCUCAACUCUUUUGCACUUUUGAGCUACUGUGCUACAAUCCUCAUGGGUCAGUUUUGCGCCAAUCACAAGCUCUGUUUGAGGGCCAGCCUGAGGUUGCUUCUCAGAGGUAUGGGGCAAUCUUGGGGGUUCUGGUGCCCGUUUAUCAGUCUCGACAAGCUUUCGUCGUUUUGUGGGUGAUCUCGGAGCUUCAUACACAUCUCUUGUAGAAGAACUAGCAUCGUCUUCGUUUGACAAGGGAACUCGCUUAACUGGGUUUUGAGUGCUUUGGAUUCCAGAGGUCACCGCCGCGUCCGUUCUAACUGGUGAUGACUGUUUGGGCGGAACAGACGCUACACCUUUGCUAACCGACAGUGGAGGAGGUCCCUAGUCAAUCUUUUGCUCCGAAUAUGCGGGCGGAAGCUCCUGAGGUGACCCCGAGGUCUUUGGCGGUUCGCUGUUGGUGACUGUUAUAUCUCCAUCAGCGUCGAGGUUUUCCAACGAGGUAUCUGAUGGUGGUGCUGGUCUUCGACGCCGAGGUACGUCGACGUAAGUCUCUUUGUCUUCAUCGCGGACGUAGCAAAGAAAGUAUGGCUCUCCACUGGUACUCAAUGCAUUUAAAACUUCAGCUGUGCUGCGUUUGACCUCGACAUUGGAAUCAUUGUAUUUGCGCCAAACAUCCUGUUCAAAGUCGUAAAUCCAUACCCAAUAGUGACCAGAUAACAGCUGGCCACGAUGGCAUAUGACUGCAUGGAGCCGGUACGGAUUGCUCUUCAAAUUGGAGUAGUAAUCUUCCAGAGCUACCUUCUUGUCUUUGAGCUCAGAAUCCAUCAUCUCCCGAACUGCGGUCUCGGUGUCUUUGAUGUCUUUUGGCCUGGAAGGUAGGCCAGCCGAGGUCACUGAGUUUACGCUGGGUCGGCCAACAAGAAGAUAGUCGUCAUCAACCGUCCCAUCGAAACUCCAGUCCUCUUCCACGAUCUUCACACCAUCUGUCAUUUCACUGUCUUCUGUGGCAGCUGCAAUACUGCAUUUAGCUUCCUCUUCUUGUGCAAUGCUCUCGAGAAUGGGUCCAGUUGGGCUCAUGCUCUCAACUGCAGCCUUGGAGGCUUCGAUGUCAGAUAUGCGGCUGGCGAUGGCCCAACUCUUGACUCUUUCUCUGAAGAUCGGGGAGUCGUGGGGGGCAUCCAUGUAUCGGUCGAGGUAUAGUAUUUCAGGAAUUAGUACGGGGUUGCCGUUCUUGCUCCCUAUAGACUGCGACCUUUGAAUGAGUACGUGCAGAACAGGCGGUAGCGUCUGGAUAGCUGUAUAUCGUGAAAGUUUGUCUUCUUCAAUAAUUUGCUGGUCGAAAUUUCGUCCAAGGGCUUCGUAUAGUGAGCAUGAACCUUUGGGAGCAGGGAAUGCAGUAAUAGACCGAUCAAAACUAAUUUCUUUUUGAUAAGUCUUGUCGUCAAACUUCUUGGUGUAAUUAAUGGUGGUAACGAAGAAAGUUUUCAUGAUCUCUUCGAAUUGAAUACCGGUUGACUCGUCAACAAACGAUGGGCGGAUA